AUGUCAGGACUAGAACAAUCAUUAUUUCAAUUAAAAUUCACAGCAAAACAAUUAAAUAGACAAGCACAAAAAGCAUCAAAAGAAGAAACUCAAGAAAAAGCUAAAAUUAAAAAAGCACUCACACAAGGUAAUAACGAUAUAGCUCAAUUAUACGCACAAAACGCCAUUCGUAAAGCCAACGAAAGAGUUAAUUUACUUAGACUAAGUUCUCGUAUUGAUGCAGUAGCUAGUAGAGUUCAAACAGCAGUUACAAUGAGAUCAGUCACUGGUAAUAUGACUCAAGUUAUUAAAGGAAUGGAUAAAGCUUUACAAACAAUGAAUCUAGAACGUAUUUCUUUAGUUAUGGAUAAAUUUGAAGAUCAAUUUGAAAAUUUAGAUUCUGCUACUAAUUAUUAUGAAUCAAGUACAAAUAAUGUAAGUGCUUUAACUACUCCUCAAGAUCAAGUUGAUGAAUUAUUGAAUCAAGUUGCUGAUGAAGCUGGUAUUGAAAUGAAACAAGGGUUGAAUGCUGCUGCUGUUGAUGUUGAGAAACCUAUUGUUAAUACUACUUCUAUAUCUGAAGAAAAAGAAGAUCAAUUAGCUGAAAGAUUAAGAGCUUUAAGAAAUUAG